AUGGCCUCGUUCAAGAUAUUUUCAUCGGGAGGUCGACGCCAUUCUAAGGGCAGCAACUCCCGGUCAGAGCGGUUGGAGCCUCCAAAGGGAUGCAAUAAUGUUGAUGAUGACAUCUACCUGCCUGGUUCCAACAGCGUCUAUAUUACCAAGACCAAGAGUGGCAAACCCGCGCUCGCUCGUAAGAGACAUGAUAGAUUACUAGACGACUUUGAACCCGGCCCUUUUGAUCAGAGUAUUGAUACACCAUCCCGCGCAGAUGUAGAGAAAAGAGCACGCCGCUAUAGGAGUUUCUAUUCUCAAAACCAAGGCCUCGCUUCUCCUCUAACUCCGCGUCGGUCCACCACACCACAAGUUACAUUCGACAACCACGGCAAAUAUCGCGGAUACGGAACCUCUCCUACCGUGAUGGCUGGUAACGGUAUCCUUCGAUCUGCUUCAAUCUCUCCUCCCGAGCGUAUCUACCGCGUCAACGAAAGCCCCGGCACUAUUGAUAUGUUCCAGGACAAAGCGUUUGGAGCAAAAGGCGCCAGCCAGGUAUCCGCGAAUGCUAGUCUACCAACACAACCAAUCCCGAUGGCGCCACCUUUGCAUAGCUCUAUCUCUCCAUCACAACCCAGAUCAACCUGGAACUUGAGGGGUGACGCCAACGGCAUACUAACAAUGGACCCUAUCCGAGGUCCUCCAGUUGUUCUACCUACUUACCCUGGAGGAUAUACUACUACUCAGCUCCCGGAUUACGGAGGCCUUCGAAGUCUGGGGCAGAGAAAGUCCCCUGGAGUGGCAACAGCCCCCCAGUAUGUACUAAAUCCCAUACACAUGGCCCCUUGGCCUAAUUCGACACCUUCAUGCAUUCAGCCUCGCCAAUAUACCUCGUUGUUUCCGGUAUCUCAGUCGCCUGCUUUUACUCUCUUCGGAUCUACACAGGCCCCCCUUCCUGCUUACCCUCUCACGCCAGUGACGCCUAUGACGCCAACAACGCCUUCAUCUAGCUUACCACAUGGAGGGAGUAGCAAAGCAGCAUCAAGCAGCACUGUAAAAUUCAGUCCCAGAGAAGCAGAGAAGUUCGAGGAGCAUUAUACCAGCACCGUAAAUCCUUCAGCACAGGAGACGAACACCAUAAAAGCCAAGGGGAACAAGGGCGCAACGGCAAUGGAGGACAUUGCUUGCGGGAAGAAGCGGUCUAGGGGAUAUCAACGAGAACAUCCUCUAAAAAGAGGCCAAAUUCCAGAUCGAGACUAUUGCCAUAAGUGCCUACGACAUACUACUCCUGCAAAAUAUGUAAGUCGCGAGGGCAUAAUGCGCCGCACUGGCUACGAGACAGCCGACAGUAUCUCGGACGACAAACCAAUGGAUGCAAAGACUUGGCGUAGCCGCAAGCUGAAGAGAAGGGCGGCACGCACUAACCUAGCAUCAAAGAUAUCGUCCCAACAAGCCACUCGAGGGGACGAUGCGGGCCUUCCUUUCGUCUCGGCGCCUAUUCCUAUCCUAAAUCCUCGAAAAUAUCGCAGUCGAAAUAGGCGAGCGGCAUCCAAGAAAGAACCUCUGAACAAGGACGACACCGAUCCAUUUGUUUCAGAGCUUGAAGUAUCUCGUGCUCAUCGAAAGAGACCCUUAAAAGAGAAUAAUAACUCUACAUCGAUGAGUGCUGUUCGUACCAAUGAUCCUAGAGAAACGGGUGAUCUCGAGUCGAAGAAAUUGGCAGAGCCAUUUUCCGAAUUUAGUCAGCACGACAGUUCAGGCAACGCAUCCGCUAAUAGCAUUGAGAUUCCAUCUCAGGUUACCACCAGAGGGAGACGUGUAGUCUCUGAAACUGUCCCCGAGGUUCGCACAAGAGGCGUUCCUACGUUAUCCGAAGCUGGCUCUCUAAAGAGCGACACUCAAGACAAUAUGUAUAAGAAGAUGGAUGAAGAUUUUGAGCGUCUCAGUUUUCAUGAUGGGGUCAAGGAGUUCAAGAAGAGAUACUCGAACCUUAACCUCAACAAUUCCUUCAUCGAGCAACCGGUCGAGAAGACACAUGAUUUGGCCGAGAAAUACAAGACUACUCGCGAGAGAAAGCCCGAGAUGCACCGGCAAACCGGAGAGCAAUAUUAUUCAGGUGCCAUACAAGAAUCUCAUGGAUCUACAAGCCACACAGCGGAAGCCGAGCCAGAAACACCGCAUACCCCUAUGUGGCCGUCCACGCCGAAUUCGACUGAAAUGCCAUACGCUGGUGCGGCUUCUAUCCCGAUCUUCACGGAUGAUUACUGGGGGGUGGGCGAAGAAGAUGACAAUCGGGAUGAAAACAACGCACGAGAGUUAGCAGAGGAGGAACUGGCAUCUGCUGGUAAGCUCUUCGACGACUAUGCGAGCGCUCACUGGGGUAGCUCUCGUACUGCUUCUGUGUUUGCACCUCCUGCCUUUGUGACUCGCACUGAGAUCUCCGUAGAGUCGCUUCGUUCUGGUGAAGGGCAGAACCGCGCUACUGCUGAUACUUCUACCGUUACUUACCGACUCGCUGAUACUUCGGAUACGGGCGAGGAUGUUGACUGGAGGCGACCUACCGGGACAACUGGAACCUCCCGUAAAAACAACAGAGAUCGUGCCCGCAAAUGGAUGCCGCCCACAUAUUACGAUACCUGGCAACGACCUGACCAAUCCAUUGGGCAGAACGCUUCAAAAAAGCAACCGAAUAAUAAUAUAUACCAUUUUGACGAGAGAGAAUCUAGCAGCUCUCUCGAUCCGCUACCUCCGGACCCUGUGUCUUCUGUAGUCGGUCAUACAGGACAUUCGACAGAGGAUAUGCCGCCUAGCAUGUUUGACUACGACCAGCCUACUACCGGUGGAGGAUGGCGUAGCCGCUUCCUGUCGCGACACUGA